UAAUCGGAUGAGCAGGAACGCACGAGGAGGCGGGGCAGACGUCUGUUUAUGUGUUUUCCCGGCUAAUGGAUCUCUGUUAGCAAUGGGAGCUUGCAUCAGCUGUCAGGAGCUUUGACGAAAGGGAUUUGGUCCUUUGUGGAGCCCAGUUGGCAGAUAUGGUGAGGCACCGCGUGAUGACAGAGCUGCAAACCAUCCAGCAUACUCUCCAGGGUAACCCCCUGGCUGUGAGCCAAGUGGGGCAAAACAGCGGGGCAAUAAAGGACAACGUCAAAGAGGAAAGGCAGCUCCUCUCGCAAGGCCCAGCAGAGAUCGCGUCCAGCCAGCCGGUGAACAUCCCAGAUUUGGCAAAAAGAAGAAAGAAAAAAAGGACCAGAGCAACAGACAGCUUUACAGGCACUUUUGAUGACCUCUACAAACUAACAGAUGAGGUCCUCGGUCAGGGGGCUUAUGCAAAAGUUCAGGGGUGUGUGAGCCUGCAGAACGGACAAGAGUUUGCUGUGAAAAUCAUAGAAAAGGCUGCAGGCCACAGCCGCAGCAGAGUAUUUAGAGAAGUGGAGACGCUCUACCAGUGCCAAGGAAACAAAAACAUUCUGGAGCUGAUCCAGUUCUUUGAAGACGGCUCCUGCUUUUAUCUGGUGUUUGAGAAGCUACGAGGAGGCUCCAUUCUUACGCACAUCCAGAACCGAAAGCACUUUAAUGAACUGGAGGCCAGUAAGGUAGUCAAGGACAUUGCACAAGCUCUGGACUUUUUGCACACAAAGGGCAUUGCUCAUAGAGAUCUUAAGCUGGAAAACAUACUCUGUGAAAGAACUGAUCGGGUGUCGCCAGUAAAAAUCUGUGACUUUGAUCUAGGGAGUGGAGUGAAGCUCAGCAGUGCCUGUACUCCAAUAACGACUCCAGAGCUCACCACACCGUGUGGCUCAGCAGAGUAUAUGGCUCCAGAGGUAGUGGAGGCAUUUACAGAUGAGGCCUCUUUCUACGACAAGCGCUGUGACCUGUGGAGUCUCGGUGUUAUCCUGUACAUCCUGCUGAGUGGAAGCCCACCCUUCACAGGUCACUGUGGCACCAACUGUGGCUGGGACUGGGGAGAAACCUGCAGGGCAUGCCAGAGUCAGCUGUUCGAGAGCAUCCAGGAGGGCAAGUACGAGUUUCCAGACAAAGACUGGGCGCACAUCACUAAAGAAGCCAAGGACCUCAUAUCCAAGCUGUUGGUUCGGGACUCCACCRUGCGGCUCAGCGCUGCUCAGGUCCUCCAGCAUCCUUGGGUUCAGGGGAAUGCUCCAGAGAGAGGUCUUCCAACUCCUCGUGUCCUACAGAGGAACAGCAGCACCAAAGACCUGAGCCAGUUCGCAGCCGAAGCCAUCGCCUUUAACCGGCAGCUGUCGCAGCACGACGAGCAGCAGGAGGACGCCGGAGUCAUCGUCUGCUCCAUGAGACUGUCCCCUCCGUCCAACUCCAGACUGGCCCGCAGACGGGCCCAGUCCAGUGCCCUGCGCAACGGGGACUUCGCACCAGCUUGUGAUGACCUCACAGCCUGAGACACCAGCGUGAAUUCUUUUGUUGUUGGUUUUUACAUUUUUAAAAUUUUUGCUUUCAGCCUCUGCCUGCUUUUUAUUUUUAUCUUUUAAUCUAUUUUUAUUUUUCCAUAGGGGGAGUGUUUUUAGAUCAGCCACAGUGUCAGAGGUUUCUGGUGUUGACGCUUUUCACCAUGGRUCACAUUUUGAUCUGAAUGGUUUAAACACCAGUGGAACAGUUAAUCCUCUGAUGGCACCUCCUAAUUGAAAAAGGUUUUAAUCUGUCUGUGUUUCAGACAAGAGGGAUUAGCUUUUUGCUUUUGGAACAUAUCAACUUUGCAGCUCUAUUUAUGGUUAAUGAGCCAAAACACCAAACCUAUUUUUAAUAAAACAAGUUUUUUUUUUUGUUAUUUAUAAGUACCAAAACAGCAUUUUAGAGUUUCAGGUGCAGCUUUUUUCUGUCCUGAUACGGUUUUUCAUUUUAUUUAGAAAUAUAUUUUCAUUUUAUUUAGAACAACUUCUCUUAUCGUUCAGCUGUGAUUGGGUUAAUAUUUAAUUUUAGUUGUUGGUGGAAAGGGAUUAUAUAUUUUUAUAUUUUUUAAAGCGUUUGUGAUGUGUAAGAUGUGUAUGGAUGUGUGUGUUUUAUAUUUGAUAUAUAGAAGUGAAGGAUGCUUGGGCUUUUUUUUCUUUUUUCUAAUUGUACCCAUUUACAGCUGAACAUAGCUGAAACCAUGGGGGUUAAGAGUGGAUCUUUAGCUUUCACCUUAACACAAGCUGCCUGUAGCACUGAWAUACUUUAUACUAUACUUUACUCAUGUACUUUAAAAAACUGUUUCAGUUCUUUUAAAGGGAUAGUUCAGAUCAUUUGAAGUGGGGUUAUGUGGAAAAGGUUACCUGUUACAGAUAUUCUCUUUAAAGGACUUGAGUCCGGAUAAUUACUUGGAUCUUGAGUGUGCUGACUGAUGACAUAUAUGGACAUUUUAUGCAAAAACACUUCCUGAAUUGAUUGUUAGUUAUUAGAUUAGUCUUUUUUUACAAAUAAUAGACCAUUUCAUAAUUAAAAAUUGUUAUAAUUGGGCAGGCAGAGCUCACAUUGUUUUGUGAAAACGCUGAGUUUGACAUGGAAACCAUUGGACUUGAACAAUUUAAACAGGUAAAUCUACAUCGUUAUACAGACAGGAUGUAUUUGCUCUAGACUAAUUUGUGUUCAUUUUAAUUUAGGAUCAUAGAUGUGAUUUUUUUUAAAUUAAUAUCUAAGCUAUAAAUCUACUUUUAGAGCUUGUUGAAUUUGCACAACUCCAGUGUUGUUUUCAUGACAACCUCAGCGUUUUCUCUGUUGAUCUGCGACCCAGAAGAGUUGGGCUCCGCUAGGCUACCCGUAACUACGAACUGGUCUGCUAGUCUAAAGCUUGAUACAGUUUUGCUAAUCGGCUAAUAGCAGAACUAGCUUCACAUUUAGCAGAUUAGCUUGUUUUUUCGAACUGUUGGAAACGGUUUAGCUUCCACUAAAUUGGGCUCUGCUAAUUUGAGGCCGCAAGUGUUAAACUUCUAUUUUUAUGCUGCUUAUCCCACAUUAAAUGAAAUCUACCCCCUCUCACAAGCACGGCGUUUACCGUGUAGCAUUUUUACAGCGUUUAUAAUAAUACAAACUCAAGCAAAGAAAUGCUUUUUAUUUUGAAAGUGGUAAACUGGAAGCAUCACAAGUUAGAGCUAUAAUUUACCCCAAAUGAUCCCACACACAUUCAGAUUAAACCAAUAGAAAACCAACAACAGGUUUGCAUCAGUCCCACCAACUGGAAGGAGUUGGAGUUUGUCAGACUGAGUUAACGCCGUCUUAGCAGAUAGCUUCCACAAAUUUCUUUUAUCGGUUUAGUGGUUUAGCGUUAGUGUAGCUAAGACUCUUGUUUAGUGGAUUAGUGGUUAUUGAAGCUAACACCCUCCAGUAAAUUUAUCCAACUAAAGUGGAUAGCUGCUACCUUACAUCCACUUCACUCUCAGAGCCCUACACCAAAAGAUCUGAACAAUUCAUGUAACAAUGGGGAUYAUARUUUUGAAGAAAUUUAUUGGUCAUUUAUAUAUCGAUUGCGACAACGCAUAUUUUUCCAACAAUUUGGUGACCCCGACGUGAUUUAAAUACGCAACCUUCUCUUUAUCAAAAGCAUUUGUUUGCUCCUACAAUUUGACACCUGGAGUAYUAUUUCACUUAGAAAUAACUACAAUUCUCAGUUGGCAUUACUUUUCCCCCAGCACACCUAAAUGAGCUUUUUUUUCUCUUAAUUUCUUAAUUUCAGUCUUGGAGAUAUUUUUCCAGCGUGUUUUAGCCUGAAUGACUUGAACUGGGAUUGUUAAAUGUUUGGUUGUUGGUGCUUAUUGGAACUCAAAGGGAUUUGUUCACAGCUCGACCGUGAGAAAUAUAGGAGUUUAUAAUGUGAAUAAAAGGAUUCAGUAUUCA